GGACGCUGCUGUGGUUUAAGGUGUCCUGAACACUAUAAAAGCCACAUUGCUGUAGUAUUUCUGUGACAAACACCUGCUCAGGUAGCAGCAAGGAGUAAUUCGACUGGCUGAGCCUCAUCCGGACGUCAUGACUCUUUACCUUUGUCUCCCUCUGCUGGCUGUGCUCCUGCAGCCCGCUCUCUGUCUCAACUGUUCGUCUCAGUUCGAGAGGACCCCAGACAACUCGGACCUGAUAGUCGACUGUGGCACCAGCGUCAUUACCCUGCAGAUCAACUUGUGCACGGCUCACUGGGCUGGUUUCAACUCCUCAGACCUGGCGCUGAAUGGGAACCACAACAACUCAAAGUGCAAGGGCUCCAUUGACACCAGCGUGGACCCUCCAGUCAUCCACUACCAGCUUCCUGUCAACGACAGUCAGGAUAAUCCCUGUCGUCAGUCUCUGCAGAUCGUGGACGAAGCCCCUGACCCUUCAGGCCCCUUCAGCGCCUUCUCAAGCAUCCAGUCAGUUAUCAUCACAGGAUACAUUGACACCCCCAGAUCAGACCAGGGGGUGAUCAGCUACUCUACUGACCUCUACUAUCACUUCUCCUGCCGCUACCCGCUGGAGUACCUGAUAAACAACACAGAGAUUGUAGCCUCCUCAGUCUCAGUGGCAACCAGCGAGAAUAACGGAACCUUCAUCGACACACUAAUGAUGAGGGUUUUCAAUGGGUCUGACUAUGGGUAUGGAUUAUCAGUGCCUCCGACAGGACUCGAGCUACGAACCAGGAUCUAUGUGGAGGUCAAGGCUGUUAACCUCACAGGAAAUUUCAAUGUCCUGCUGGAUCACUGCUUUGGUACCCCGUCUCCUUACAACAUGUCCCAGAGUGAGCAGCACAACUUUUUCACAGGCUGCUCAACGGACCAAAGGACGACCGUGACGAGCAAUGGCCUUUCCAAGGUCGCCCGGUUUGACUUUGAGGCUUUCCGAUUCGUUCAGCACCGUGACCAGGCAAAGUCCAGCAUCUAUCUGCACUGCAUACUGAGGCUGUGCGAGCCCACCAAAUGUCAGGAGCUGCUGUCUGCCUGUAACUCCAGAAGAAAACGAUCUUUGACUCCUUUUGGAGAAGAAAGUAACGAAUCUGCUACGGUAUCUGUCGGACCACUGUACACUGCCAGAGAAGACACGCCCAGUGCAGCUGCCUACAGUAACAACAUGGCUCCAGAGAGCGCCGAGGAUGAUGUGACGGGCCUGGUGGUGGGGGUGGUGUUCGGGACCGCUGCCGCUGUGGCGCUGGUCCUCGGUGGCUGGUUUGCCCUGAAGAAGUACUACCGGGUUUGAGGAAACAACGUUAUUGAUAUGAUUAUGUGGGUUUUCCAGAAAUGUUCAUGGAAACCAAGCAACCUACCUGGAUUCUUUUCUAUGUUUUUCUGCCUAUACUUUGUCGGUUAUGAAGGAAAAGCCAAACCUAAGCUGUAGAAAGCUCAAUCUGAAUGUUUCAUGGAAGUAAACUUUGUCUAUUUUGUUUUUUAUUCUGUAAUAAUAUAGAAGUCUUGUACAGGAUCUCCAUUGUGUUGCUUGAAGCACUUUUAAACAUUCGAGGAAAUUAAAAAGAAUAUGGAAUGUAUCCUUUAAAUAAAUAAAGAUGAAAUUUUUAAAAUCA